GCCUCCUACUCUGACGCCUGUCCAAAGCAAUGCUCGGCGAAGACGACGUAUUCGACUCCGUCACCUGGGAGUCCCCUCCCGCACCCCAGCAAUACGAUUAUGACCACCAACCCGCGCCGACGUCCCCCGCUACCGCGGGCCCUGGCUUCCGCCAGUCCACGGACAGCAGCGAGGGCGGCCCGCACGAUCCCAAGUGGGAGGGCUACCUCGUCGCGUCCGUGAAGGACCCCGUAAAGGAGCUCCCGGAGACGAAGGACGCCUACGUGUCGUACCUCGUCUCCGCAGAGACCAACCUGCCCAUCUUCUCCACGCCGAACCCGACGGCGCGCAGGAGGUUCCAGGAUUUUGUGUUUUUGCGGAACCAUCUGGUGAGGGACUUCCCGGCGGUGGUCGUCCCUCCGUUGCCGGACAAGCAUCGGUUGGAGUACAUCACUGGCGAUCGAUUUAGUCCCGAGUUCAUCGAGAGGCGUAGACAAGACCUCAACCUCUUCCUCCAACGCAUCGGCCGGCACCCCACCCUCCAGCGCGCAACUCUCGUCCGCGCCUUCUUCGAGUCUACAGAAUGGCACGUCAUCAUGCACCAACACGUCGCGCACCCCCCAGGCCCCGAGCCAACGCCCGGCCUCCUCGACUCCGUCUCCGACACGCUCCUCAACGCCUUCUCCCGCGUCCGCAAGCCCGACGACCGCUUCCUCUCCCUCCGCGAGGGCGUCGACCGCUUCGAGGACGGGCUCGUGACGACGGAGCGCCUCUACUCGCGCGUGCGCACGCGGACCAGCGACCUCACCUCGGACUACCAUGAUCUUGCGGUCGCGGUGCAGGGGCUGGGGUUCUUGGAGUCGGGGAUUACAGAGCCGCUGAAUCAGUUCUCGAAUACGCUCCUGGAGUUUUCGGCGUUGUUGAGGCAUACGACCCAAACAACUACGGACCCCUUCCUCAACCACCUCCAUGCCCUCCUCUCUUACUCGCACGCCAACCGCGCCGUCUUGAAGCUCCGCGACCAGAAGCAGCUCGACUUUGAGGAGCUGUCCGACUACCUUUCUGGCGUCACCGCCGAGCGCGAUAGGCUGUCUGCAGUUAUCAGCGGACAUGCUGGAAGCACUGGUCUGGGGCUUGGGGCGUACUUGAGGGAGCGGGUGGACGCGAUGCGCGGGAUGGAUGACGAUAGGGCGAGGGUGCAGAGGAUGAAGAAGCUGGAUGCGAAGAUCAAGGAGCUCCAAGACGCCGUCACGACCGCACACGAGACCUCGGACGCCUUCAGCGAUGAGACGCUCCGCGAACAGACCAUCUUCCAGCACGCGAAGGAGGCGGAGAUGAAGGAGGCGCUCGGCGACUUUGCGGAUGGGCAAAUUGAGUUCUAUCGGGCGGCAAUGGAAGAGUGGGAGCGGAUUAUACCCAUUAUGCAACGUAUACGGGUGGAUGUUUGAGGGCAGGUGUGAGCUUUGCGCGCAGGCAUGAGAAGAGGCAGUAUAGCGCCCAGGCGAUGGGGCGGAUGGCAAGCCAGGCGAUGGGGCAUCAAGAUGGUUGGUUGGAGGUCUUAGGGACGAGAAGCAGUCAGAGACGCUGUACUGUAUACUACUUUACUGAAGUUGCCGGUCUAAUAUAUUCGCGAUGUACACAUGGGA